CUCCCCUCCUCCCGUUCUUCUUCGAUCUGAUAUCUGCGUUCCAUCCCCAAGCUUCCUUCCCUCAUCAUCCCCAUCUUUCCACCCCUUCUCCUUCCCACCGGCUGGAGACUGGAUCCCAACUGACCCGGAUCGUGGUCAACGGAGACACUUUCUUGAUUCCUCACAUCGGCUACUCAGCUCCAUUCUUCCUUCACCAUGAGGAGUCUUCUCCACAAGCUGGGCCGCCCUGCGGCUCCGGCCGAUAUCGUCGAGGAGGUCCAGCACAACCCCAAUGACAAGGAGGCCGCUGUCGGUGCCAAGUCUGCUACCAACGAGUCUGACCCGGGUGCCGAGACCGAUUCGAGCCAGGAGAUCUCCAAGGAGGCUCAAGCCGGUAUUCAGCGUGUCGAGGCCAUGACCAAGGUCUGGACCCGGAACGACAUGUACAUGGCCUACAUCACUAUCUGGAUCCUCUACUUCGUCGAUGCCCUCCAGUCCGGCAUGUCCACCAGCUUCUAUCCUUACGUUACCAGUUCCUUCGCCCUCCACUCCCUGACGGCCACCACCAGCAUCAUGUCCAACUUGAUCGGUGGUCUGUUCAAGCUCCCCCUCGCCAAGAUCCUCGAUAUCUGGGGUCGUCCUCAGGGUUUCUGCGCCAUGCUUUUCUGCCUGACCAUUGGUCUGAUCAUGAUGGCUGCUUGUAACGGCGUCAAGACCUACGCGGCUGCCCAGGUCUUCUACUGGGUCGGAUACAACGGCAUCACCUACUCAAUCUCCAUCUUCCUUGCCGAUACUUCGGCCCUCACGAACAGAGCUUUGCUGUUUGCCUUUGUUUCGUCCCCCUACAUCAUCACCUGCUGGAUCAGCGGUAUUGUUGCCGAGCGCUUCCUCGGUGGCCCUGGCUGGAGGUGGGGUUAUGGCGCCUUUGCCAUUAUUGUCCCCGCCGUCUGCUCGCCCCUGCUCUGGCUCUUCUACAAGAACCACGUCAAGGCCAAGAAGGCUGGUCUUCUCCCCAAGCACGAGAGCAAGGGCAACUUCUGGCAGACGCUCAAGUUCUACCUCAUCGAGUUCGACAUCUUCGGUCUGCUCCUCAUCACUACUGGUCUGGCCCUGUUCCUCCUGUCCUUCAACCUCUAUUCGUACCAGAAGGACCAGUGGAAGGCUCCCCUCAUCAUCUGCUUCCUCAUCUUUGGUGGUUUGCUCAUGAUCGCUUUCGCCUUCUACGAGAAGUUCUUGGCUCCCAAGACUUUCAUCCCCUACCAGCUCCUCAUGGACCGCACCGUCAUCAGCGCGUGCAUUCUCUCGGCUGCCCUCUUCGUCUCGUUCUACAUCUGGGAUAUUUACUUCUCUUCGUUCCUCCAGGUCGUCAACAACCUUGACGUCGUUAAGACCAGCUACGUUGUCAACGUUUACAGCGUCGGCUCCUGCUUCUGGUCCCUUCUCGUCGGUUGGGCCGUCCGCAAGACUGGUCGCUUCAAGUGGCUCGCCGUGUACUUUGGUGUCCCUGUCACCAUUCUCGGUGUCGGCCUCAUGAUCCACUUCCGUCAGCCCAACGAGAACGUCGGCUACAUUGUUAUGUGCCAGAUCUUCAUUGCCACCGCCGGCGGUACCCUCGUCAUUUGCGAGCAGAUGGCGGUCAUGGCGGCCACCUCGCACGAGUUCAUUGCGUCCGUUCUUGCCAUCGAGGCCAUGUUCUCCAACGUUGGUGGUGCCAUUGGUCUCACUAUUGCCUCGGCCAUCUGGACCGGUGUCUUCCCCAAGCACCUGGCCAAGUACCUCCCCGCCUCGGAGCAGGAGAACCUCCCCGCCAUCUACGGCUCCCUUGUCAAGCAGCUGAGCUACCCGUAUGGUUCUGAGACCAGAAACGCCAUUUCUCGGGCCUAUGGUGACUCCCAGAAGUACAUGCUCAUCGCUGCGACGGCCAUCCAGGCCAUCUCGCUGGUGUCGGUCUUGUUCUGGAGGGACAUCAAGCUCAAGGAUGUCAAGCAGAAUAAGGGCUUGGUGUUCUAAAAGGAGAGAAGAAGAGAAUCGUUUUGCAGUUUAUUUGGCGGUUUGGAUAUUAAAAGAGGGGGCGAUUGGAAAAGGGAAACGGUGCAGGUUUAGGCAUUGUGUCAUGACUUUGUUUGAUGAGAUUAUACCCGAGAUGUUUGCUCUUUCUAUAGUGUUGACGAUAAUGUAAUACGAGUAAUGAAUGUCCCUUACAAUUAUUUGUCCACCGGUUGGCCCUGAGAGAUUUUGCGCGAUUCUAUCCCAAGCGGGUA